UGGAAUCAAUAGCGCUGGAUGUAAAACACAUAAAUUCCUCGUCUACAACGACAACAGGAAAUUAGUAGCAAUACGGACCUCUACGGACCUGCGAAUCGCAAGGAGUUCUUUCGUCUCUCCGAAACAGAGCGACACGAAUCAAAGGUAUUUCACCAUAAUUUCCUGUAGGCAGAUUUUCCCGUUCCUCCAGAUAUAUCACAAUCUAUCAACUUCUCUCUUCUGAGUCUUUUUUCUCAAACACUACAGAUAUUCUCAGGAACCGACUCCCCGAGUAUUGUCUUCGAAAUACUUGCGAAGCGACUUGCGAAGAGACACCAUAAAUGGAGGGUGAUCGUGAUCCGCCGUCGAAUCCUAGCCCCGAUGAUGGGGGUACAACGAACUAUGAUUUACGAAGUUUAGAUUUAGUACUGCAUAAGCAGAAAGAGACUCUUCAGACUUUCUCACUCCUUAUAUCUGAAAUGUAAGUGAUGGCUCAAGUCGUGUCUGUCCUUCUACGGAUUACAUUAAAUCUACAACAUCAGGAGCGCCGCUCAUUUCCAACCCGAGGCCUCCCCAAAUAAGUCCGCUUCCGGCCCCUCAAGAAGAACCUUAAGGAACAACUAAGAAUGAUAAUGAUUAGAGAGGAUGCUCAAGAUGGACCUUAUAUAUAACAGGAACAACUAAGAAUGAUUGGUGGGAUCCUCGUUUCUCAAGUACCAGCGUUACCCCUGAAUGACAAUGAUGAUUUUGUUUCUAUCCCAUGAGUUUGAGUACAACUUGCGAGUAUUUUUUAAAUUUACACCUAGCGUGUAGCCCUUCCAUUUCUUGACUUUGAAAGUUCUAAGAGGAAGACUACAUUCCAUCCUUGACAGAAGAUGGAUUUGCGAGCUUUCUGACCUUCGACCAGAAUCCACCUCCAUACGACGGGCCUGAUGGAAGCUUCACAGGUACUUUUGGAGAAGUUGCUGAAGUUUGGCUUUGAUGGUAGCACUUGUGCUUGAAAUGGUGUCCUCCUUACUUGCUGAGGGCUUUCUUACAGUAAAAAUAGUAAGAAGAUGAUAGUUAUUUGUUCUCCCUGACUUGAGUUCGUGUGGUACACACACACACACGACACAUUGUGCGAAAAAACUUUCUUUCACAGAUCCAGAGUACGUGAGACUACGAGCCUUCGGGACAGAGCAGCAACCACGAUGCUGCUGCUUGUCGCGGCGUAACUGCGGAAUUCUUCUGGUUGUUUUGUUAUGAUUCAAUUACUCUUCACGAACAGACACGAUCCUGAUUCAACAAACUACCCAUUUUCACUUCCAAUCAUUUCUCUCAGUUGAGUCUACUGCUUCCAAAACAAUAGUCUAGAUGGUUGCUCGCGUCCAGAGGAGUCAUCUCCAGAGGAGUCGUCUCCAGUCAUUUCCUAUGCUAUGCUAGGCUAUGCUGCGCUCUAAUCUGUGGCCUGGUUGUGGCCAUUUUUGGAGUAGUGCUUCCUCUAGUCUUGCCGCUGUGUGGAGUGAGUAUCGGGAAAAGCAGCACUCAUACUCCUUUAUGGUUCAUAGUAUCAAAUUUCCAAUUGAGACAAGAAGAGGACAAAGAAACAAGAAUAGGGAUAAGAAAUCUUAGAGUAGUAGCGUAUCAUAUUAUAUGGGUCACGAUCAUGUGAUACUAUAGAAGAGACGUAUACGACUGUUGACCAUCUUCAUGUGAGCCAAAAAUGAUAUUGGUACUCUCCUUCAUCAAAAUAGAACAAAGAGAUUCAGAGAAAAAUAGAACAAAGAGAUUCAGAGUACUAGUUUUCCUAGUGGGCCCAUAGUACCUAACCUAACCUACUUAAACCUUUUUGGAAAAUUAAAAUAUGAUAAGUACUGAUCAUCACGACGUGCAACUAACGAGCCACUUCGAAUAUAGAUAAGAGACUUCUAACGACUUCUACGGCGCAGACACGACCUGCACCAGCCGCAGCCGGCGGCGCGGCAGCUGGUGGGACAGCAGGCACGGGUGGGGUCUCGGCAGGCGGAGGAGUGGUUGAGAAAAUAGAUCCGGAGAAAGUGAAAGAGGAACUAGAAGAGACCAAGGAGGAGAUUGUGAAAGCAAGGGCUGAACUUGCCGAGGCUAAGAAAGCCAAAGCAGAGAAAAGGAGCGCGCUUCAGUUAAGAAAGAUUAGCUGAGCAAAUGAAUGAGCUCGUUUCGUCCGGCACCUGAGUUGCACUUUCUCUUUUGUGCCCUUUGAAAAUAUGUUUCGCUACUAGAAUCGUAACUACUGUAAAUCAUGAGGUAGAUGAAAACGAAGGCAAACAUACAAUAAUGGUGUGCUUCUACAUGCAUGGUAUGUUUUUGUACAGGGCUUUCGUGUAUUUGCGGGGACGCUUUUCUGUACUUGUCCUGAGCUUGGUUUCUUCCCUUUAUUUCUAAUAGAUGAUGCAAAGACACCCGAGGAGAAGACCGCUGCGGAAGCAGAAGUGAAGGCCAAGCAUCACGCUGUUGGAGCUUCACAGGGCAAACUGUUUGACCUGUUACAACCUACGGCCAAAGAAAUAAGUAUCAGAAAUGUUGCAAAUGACUUUCAACAGAUUAAUAUUUCAAGAAAUUGGCACUUCAACAUUAUAGCCGGCCCUUCAACGUAUUCCUGAAUGAACUAUCCGGUUCUUACAUCAACUACUUAUCGUAUUCCAGGAUCUUCUCCAUAAAGAAGAUGAAGAUGAAUAAAGAAGAUGUAGAUGAAGGAGUAUCAUGCUAAGCUCUCUCGGUCAACGAGUGGAGAGGAAAGAUCCCUUGGGACGACAUCGGUCAUAAUUAAUGGCGACGACUUUACUCAGGUCACCCGCCUCGGUGCUCUACCUUGACUUUACUCAGGUCACCGAUUCAUCCUCGGAGUCGAGCCAGGUGCCGGGGGGCUUCGAUCUGCAGGAUUCACGACCUAUAACCUAUAUUGAAGAAAUAGCCUAUAACCUAUAUAGCCUAUAUAGCCUAUAACCUAUAUAGCCUAUAUAGCCUAUAACCUAUAUAGCCUAUAACCUGUAUAGCCUUCUAAAAAGAGCGCUCGCCACCUUCGCGAUGUGGCUGCUGGGCACGCGGAUGGGCACGCGGUGGAGGGUGGACUUGGCCACGACCAUGGUGAAGAAGCGCCUGUGAAAAAAGUGGAGGUGAGAUUUCUUAGUCCUCCUGGGACCUCUGGCGUAGCACCAAGCAGACUGGAGACGGUGCACGAGUAUACGGAGAUGAAGCAUGUGCCAGCUUUAUGUUGUUCAUAUUGAAGAAAAGAUAUCAACAAAAAAGCCAUAUUCUAGAAUAAGUAGUUUACAGAACGGAUGUAGGAUGGACUUGGGCUCUCAACAGUUUCUAUAAUUCAUUGAACUAGUUCAAUAGUUCAAUAGCUCAACUCAACGAUGGAUCGGAUGGAUCGGAUGGACCCCCCUGCGUCACACACAAUGAGCACGUUUGUGGUCAGAUAUUUUUUGCUUGUUGUCAUGUCACGUCCGUUUUUCUAGACGUACUUGAAGCACUAGGGGUUAGUAGUUUAUGUUAUUUUUAUCUAUUUGUACAAUUCAGAAAACUGUGGGCAGCUGGUGGAAGGUAGAUGAAUGGAGGGAUAACUGGUAGGUGUAGCUGCUGUAUAAAGAAACCGUUGGUAUUAGUAGUAACCAACGUUGAUGUUGCUGAUUGUUUUCUUUUCAUAAGAGACCGACGUUAUUCGCCUGCCGUUUUUGGACGAUGGAGUUGGGAUCGAAGAAACGAUUCCUGGCGAUUCCGCUGCUGUCGCAGAGGGCGGUGGACUUAAGACUACGAUUCAUAGAGUACUAUAGAAGUCUGUAUCCUGUCUCAGAACUUCCUAUAAUAACAAACUAAGUAGCUAAGUAACUAACUAACUAACUAACUCACUAACUAACUCCUGUCUCAGAAGUCAAGUGACAAUCUGAUAGAUUUACAAUAGCCAACUUUAUUGUAACGAAGAACUCACUGUUCUAGAAAGAAAAGUUCUGCAAAAUGAGUAGAGAUACGAUUGAUAUUGGUUGUAGACAAGGAACUUCGACUUUUCGUGUGAUAGCUAAGUCGGGGCAUCCUCUCCUCUCCUCUCCUACCUUACUUACACUUGCAACACAUGGUGAACCGUUUGCGUUACCUUAUGCUAGGAAUACCCAUCUACUUACUCACUCUUAGUACAUCUCGCUCUAAAACAUCUGGAGCAUCUGCAAAAGGCUUUUUACAGAAGCGAAGCUCAUCGCCUGUACGUGUCAGAGGACUGCAACCAUGGGGCUUUUUGCAAACCAAAAGGGUUACCUCACGGCAGCGACGAAAUUUGCGUGGUGGUCACACUGCGAGCGUGAGCUACGAUCCAGUUGGGCAUAUCGAUGAAGAAAUGCCUGAUGGCAGAUCUUCUCUCAGAAAGUCGAGGGCGGCAGGUGCCUUCCUCGAGAAACAAGCGAGCGCACGAGAAGCUGCAGCUGGUGCAACAUCUCCUACAAGCACUAUAACCGCUGCAAGUGACGGAGAGCCUCCCGCAGGAGUCGUUGAUGCUGUUAUGAUCUACUCGUUAAAUUAGCGCAGAAAUGUCUGCAUUACCUUGACCGCCCUAUCAAUUCGUCAUUCUUAGCUUUUUUGGGGAGAAUAGAUACUAACUUUACCUCUAGAUGACAAUAUCUAGGCUCUGGAAGGAUCUUGUCUCUCUAGUGGUCUAGUAGGAGGACCAUCUGCGUAGCCUAUCCACAACUAUGGUGGUGACCAUCACCACAUGAUCAUCACCAUCCUUCUCUAUCUAGGCUCAGCCUCUGCUGCUCUUCUCUAAUUCGGAUCGGGAGCCGCAUGUUUCUGCUGUGCCACAGGGUAUCCCAAUGGACGAAGGGUCUACGCGCUUUUACGCCGACUGUGCCAAGAAGAUGGAUACGAAGGCCAGUGCGGUUGUGGUGAUCGAAGAUCAUGAGCUUUAUGGCGUUGAUAUAAUGGACGAGGUCAUUGUUUUUAUUUGUAGUUCUUGAUUCUGUUUUUUAUAACUGGUGGAGAACCAACAAAGUUCGCUCAUCUCUGUCAAAUUCAUAAGCUAACCUAACUCAUUUUCUACAGGAUCGAUCUAGGCUGAAAGAGACUAGGCGACCACCUCCACUGUUUCUCAUAUCAGCUUCAGUAAUUUUAGCCUCAAUCUACUUGACAAAAAGAACGAUAUAAUAGAUGACCGCUAGUACUAUCGUGUCCUUGUCUAAGAUGUGGAAGCUUUGCGUGCGAGAAGGGAGUUCACUACGCAAGGCGUCACCUGGAUUCAGGCUGCGGAGUUGCCGGACGAGGAACCGCCAUCAUUCGAGGUCACCGAACUGGCGACACUGGGCAAGGAGCUGUGCAAAAGUGCAAUUGACUUGACGUUGUUUUUCCACCGUAAUUUGCCUGAAGCGGUUGGCGGAGAGCACCCGCAUCAUGUGGAUUUGCCAGUUAAGGGUCCUUGUCACUAAUGAAUGCCUGUUGAAUAGGAAGUACUAUAUUCUUUUUGAAUAUUUCAAAAAAAAUAUGGCAGCUGAUUCAAGUUUUGGUUUUCCGAAAGGUAAUAUAAAUGUCCCACUUGAAGAAAUUGAAUUCUAGGACAGCCUUGAAAUUGAAUUGUGGCAAGCCCUAAUUCUAGGACGGCAUCGGAUAUUUGGCAUGAGGCAUGGCUUAACCUGAUGAAGUCUCCGGAGAAGGACAAAGAUGCCGGACCCACCGCAGAAAAAGCCGAGGAGGCCAAACUCGUCGACAAGGGAUCACUUAUGAAGCAAAUUGCACUUACAUCAGGAGAAGUCAGUAAGAGGACUCGGUCUCGUUCUUAGAUGGUAACUCAGUAAGUAGAGGACUCGGUAGAAGGAAAUUACAAUUACACGAGGAGGACUGAGUAAGAGGACGCGAUAGAAGUAAACGUCUUAAUUUAUUCUUGAAAUUUUGUAUUCCUCGAUUGGGCUGCAUAGAAGCGACUAUUCAUUUGAUGUUGUAUGGAUGCUAGUGUCAAACUGCAACUGCUACCUCAACCUCAAGCCGAAGAGUAUACUAUUAUUCAAUGUCUCACUCAUCUAUGCUAAAUAUGUCCCACUCAUCGUCGCUAUCUUAUUCUAAUGUGGCAGUGGAAAGGCUCGUCGGUUCGACGCAUGCGGCCAAAGCGAAGGAAGCGCUGGAGGCUUUUCGAGGCACGACGAUUUCAUCUGGUGGGGAGGACGGUCUCCUGCUGACGGCCGCGGCUAGAGUCGAAAGCCAAACUUUUUUAUGACUGCUAGAGUUGAAAGCGAAAGCAAAAGCGUUUGCGUAUAAUUUUGGAUUUACUAGCAGCUUCAUCCGACCCUACAAUAAUUUACUUGCCUUAGAAGUAUCAUCGCAGAGUAGCUUACCUUAGUAGUCAUCAAGGUAGUGAGUUCCUUGAUAAUCUAAGGUCUGCGGUCACGUUUACCAGCUCACUAUUUGAUAUUUUGAUUUGAGUUAGACUUUUAGAUGAUCUAGAUGUAGUCUUCUAGCGGGUACCUUUGAUGCUGGAUUUACGAGGUUUAAGUACUUACGUUAAACCAAGCAGCUGAGCAGUCUGUUCUAUGAAGCUGGCUCUAAAGUCUCGCGACUAUCUGCUUGAUCACAUCGUGAGUCCACUUAUCCCCGACCUGGUGAUGGGAGAGGACGCGAGGCAGGUCUUGAUGCCAGCUGAGUAUGCAGCACAGCGUUUUGGAACUGCCUCGACCGCUCCUCUGGUACUAUACUUCUGUGUGAAAAAAAAAUUGAUACCACCUAUGACUUCUACUUGACUAUUUACCUCGCGAUCCUGUUUAACCUAAAAACACCACGUCGUAUGUGUAUGAAGCCUCAUCCUGUCCAACUUAGGUCGCCGGGUCGUAUACGCGAGAAUCCAUCGUGAUCAACUCCUUUUGGAAACAUGGACGCAACAAGUAUGAGUCUUUGCACACCGAUGUCUCGAUCAAAGGGAGCCCACUGCUAGGUACGCAACUGCGUGUUGAAACUAAAAUGCUAUUUCAAAAUUAUCUAUUCGUUUUGUAUGUAUGUGCACGAUAUCAUCAGGUUUCAAAUUUUCCUUUUGUUUUGAUAGAACAAGAACAAGAUUUGAUCUACUUUAAGUUUUGACCUAGAUUCUAAACAACUGUCUACAUAUUUUUUUCCUAUAAAAGAACAAGAACAAGAUUAUCAUCAGGUGCUAACACGUGGAUGCGAGACAUUCUGCAUGUGCCGGGACUGAUGCACAUCGACAAGGAGCUCGCGCUGGAUGGUCGCUUCGGUGUGUUAGGCUACUUUGCGCAAUUGCUGGCCAAAAACGAGGAUUUUCCUCACAUGGAGAGCCUAUUCACCUUACGAUUAGAAGAAACCAAAGCCCUAGUUGUUUUAUAGAGAAAUUCAAUCUUUUUCGGCUCGUUUAUAGUCGUGAACGCUAGCCUCCUCGUUUGUGGGCCGACUCCUAUCCUGUCCUAUCCGAUCCUAUCCUAUAAUCAUGGCCACUUAAGUGAAGUAGAAUACGAUAGAUCUAUAGAGAGUUCUGGACUGACCUCGCGCUGUUUGUGUCUUGAUUUCGAUCAUGAUCACACUCAGAUUCUGUCUCUACGGUUGGUAGGAACAGCACUAUCAGAGGCAUACACAUGAGAGGGGGCGCGUGACUCGUUCACUCAUUCACUACCAAGAGGACGCACGUAGACCUACCUUGCAAACCAGCAUUCAAUCAGAUGAGUGUUUCAAAUUAUAGACCAGUAGGCUUCCACUACUUAUUUUUGGUGGAAGAUGGAUUCCGAUAGAUGGGUUCCGAUAGAUGGGUUCCGAUAGAUGAAUUCCGCUAUGUUAAUAGAAGUGGAGGUAGACGAAGUACAAAAGGUCGAGCCUGAUAAUUAUUUCAAUAUGUUGUUAAGCGCGGUAGAGAUCAAGUAAAAAAGUUUGAGGCUCAGCUCUAUGCUUUUUUUCGUCUUGUAACAGAUCAGACUCGUCUAAUAGCAGAAAGUGAAAAAGUGCGGCAAGCGGCGGUUAUGUGCGGAAUGAAGAACGUCUGGCCAAACGACGGUGGCGAAUCGGCGACAUCUUCAGCUUAUGAUGCUGGAAUUGAUUCCCAUAGCUAGCCUGUACGUAGUAGAUGAUACACAUAUAAGUACUAAUAAAUGUAUUCAUAAGUAGUUAGCACUGAUCCACCCCAGUGCUGCUGCAUGCAAUUGAAUAAUCUUCUCUAAGUUUUACCAGGUUCCACCGGCUCCGAUGCCUCCAGUGAGUCGGCUGCUUCGGUUUUGUCGUCUUCAACGCAGAGCUCAUUUGGGAAGAGAGCUGGAGGCGGCCUCUGCGGCAGCUACUUCGAUAACUUGCGCGACAAGGACUCGAAGCCUACGGAGGCUGCAGAUGCUGCGUCGUUAAGGCUAGUGCCAAUAUUUUGAGAGCACUUCCUUGUAGUAACGCGAUGCUUCUUGCAGUCUUCGCGCACAUGAUUCUCCCUUACAUUUACUGCAAGUACUACCGGGCUAGUGCCACAACGUCAACAUCAGAGAAAUUCGUAGAACUUUUACUUCAUCUCGUUCUACCUGAGUCAACGCUUCCAAGGUGGACCUUUCGGUGACUUUGCAGAGAAAGAUCGUGUGAGCUUAAAUAAGAAGGAACAUCUAGUACAACUACAUCAUGCCAACAUAGAGUAGUUACUCUACUCCAUGUAAAGUAUACUCUACUUCUUAGUGUAGUUUUAGUAGUUUUUUUAGUACUUCUUAGUAGUUACUCUACUCAUUAGUGUUUUAGGUUAUCCCUUCAUGCAAAGUAGUUACUCUAGACUUCUAAUAAAAACCGCUUUCCUACACAUCAUUUGUCUACGAGCGACCGGGUUUGGACCAGAAGUGCCGCGAUCUUUUUUGCUUAGCCUCAAGGAGAUCGGCGUCACAGAGCAUGCUGACAUUCCAGGAAGUCUGGUGGUGUUCUUCUACUAUGUGGCAUCGCUUUUUUUAAGGCUAGUUUUUCACUAUCGUCCCAUGUGGAGUUCUAUGUUGAGUCGGGAAGAAGUUCCCCCUUGUACGGCUCCUCCGAUAUUCGUAGAUUUGUGGCCGAUUGUACGGUCUUAUGCGCUCCCAGUAUGUAACUUGGAUGAGCUUAUUUAGGUUAAUUAUUUGAUUGAAAGGGUGGCGGCAUAUAGUCCUAACGCAAAAAAAAAAAAAAUUUCAAGGGGAGACUAAGGGGGAAACAGGGCAACGCACUCAACAGAAGACAGUGAAUGACUAGCGCUAAUCUUUCUGAUCAAGGGUGGCGACGACCUUGCAGGCGUGAAGAAACACAUCAUCAAAGAUAAGGCUCAAGCUGAAGUCACUUGAUACGUUUUUGCACGCUAAUUUCCCUCGUUGUUUCGGAUACUCUUAGGUUGUGAGGGUUGACAAGGAGGGAUACGGCUUUGAGAACUCUUCUUAGGAUGUCGUGAAAGGAAGUAGAGCUUCCUUCCACGUUGAGCGCUAAUAAACACGUGGGCGAAUUGUCUGGCGCGUUGGUCUCGAACAUCAAGAAGAUGGUUCCUCAGCUGCUAAGCGAAGAUUUUCGAGGGAAGGUUGGAAAAUGGGUAGAAGAACACGUCGUUGGAGGGUUCGCGAGAGUUAAGAGUAGACACGGAGAAGUAUGUCAUACUGUAGUAAAGUCAUAGCUCCAAAAGAGAAAUGCCUCUUGUCAGGCACAUCAAUCAGUCAAUCAAUCAAGUUUAAGUUGUGGCGACUUUGUUCGUUUGUCGACGAGGAGGCUGUAUAAAAGGACUUAGUAUAACUAGUUUUCUUCGUUUAUUGAUGAGGGUGUAGAAAAGGACUAAGAGUUUUGUUCGUUUGUUGACGAGGGUGUAUGAAAGGAGUAGCUUUGGUUUGCUGAGGAGGUCAGAGAAGGAGUAGUUUUGUUUUAUCCUUAGAUAAGAACAAACUAUGACUAGUCUAGUAAAUGUGACCAACCACCCUAAUCGGUAUGUAUCUGUACCUUGUUACUUCAGGCGGGUACCUACGUGGUAGUCGAGGAGCUAGCACGUUCGCUAGUGUUAGACUUCAUAGGAUGGAAAAGUAUUAUGAAACGACAAAAAAGUUCUCUAAGCUUCGAUUCUGGGACGCUUGGACGAAGGAUGCUGCAUCCGACUCCGAGGAUGGUGGGAAGGCUACUCAGCGAUCUCAAUGGCGCUGCUUUUGUUACGACAAGUCAUAUAAGUCUAAGUAGUUGUUUCUUAUCAUCCUAAGCGUUUGAAGAGGUACACUACACUCGAACUCGACUGUCCCCUUUCAUCAUCCUAUGAAUGACGUAGUAAGCUACCUUUCUCUUUUUUGGUGUCAUCCUACAUGAACAUGAAGAAAUAACCAUUGUAGUUCUAAGAUCUUUAUUCCUUCUUUGUCUCCUGCUCCAGUAACAGCCUCCAUCUUCUAACUUUUGCAACGGUUGCGAUUCGUCGAUUCCCUCAACGUGCGCCAAGACCUCACCGUGACCGAUGCGGCACAUGCGGGUGGUAUUACUGCAAAUGGUGUAAGAAGAAGCACUCUGUCUAAUGCCAUGACUUGUCUACUACAAAUGGUGCAAGAAGAAGUACUCUGUCUCAUGUCAUGACUUGUCUACUACAAAUGGUGUAAGUAGAAGUGCUCUGUCUAAUGCCAUGACUUGUCUACUACAAAUGGUGUAAGUAGAAGUACUCUGUCUCAUGCCAUGACUCGUCUACUACAAAUGGUUUAAGUAGAAGUACUCUGUCUAAUGCCAUGACUUGUCAACUCAUCAGUUAUGAAACAAGAAGAGCACAUUAACCUAAAACAAUUACAGCUGCGCCAGCUAUGCACGCUCCUGUGGCUGUGGUUGGUCCGAAGGCACACGCGCACGCACCAAAGGAGCCACAGAAAGAACGCUUUUGGCCUGGUGACUCCGCAAUACAUCACACGCCUGCCGAGUACUGGGUCAAGCCUCAGCGAAUGUACUUCGGUGAGACGAUGGUCACCAGCGGCGUCUCCACGUUUCUUAUGGAAUAUACUUACUCACUGUGCUUCUAAUAGAAAACCCUAACGAGCUUCUAAGAAAAAACGGUAAACAAAUUAGCAUGUGCCAUGGAAGUAGAACCUGUGGAGUCUGUGUGUUAUCGACAUGCAAGCUCUUCCCUUUCGGAUAAGCAUGGCACUACAAAAAAGAAAGUGGGCUACGAAAUGAAUUGGAACCCUUUUCUUCUAUCACAAAUCCUUGAUAUUGUGAUACAAGAAAAGGUUUCCAAUUCAUUUCAUAGGAAAAUUGGAAACCUUUUAUUCUAAUAUCCUUGACAUUAAAAAUGACAGUUGAGUGCUCUAAUCCUGGCCAGCAGGUUGCUCUUCCCUCGAAGCAUCAUCAAGAGUCGCUGGGCAUCGAGUCGCGCGUUCUCGUUGUGGAUGUCUGCCUGAACUUAAGGCCAAAGCUGAUCACGAAGUCAAGAUCAUUAGAAAUGAUGUCCCCGACACUUUAAAGUCAAGAUGAUUUAGAAUAAUGACGAUGAUGAUCCUAGUUCUUUGUACAGACAACAACUAUUAUUCUAACAAAAGCAGAGCUCAAGGACUGCUGGCCUGCUAUGCCGCAAGCAACGGAUGAAGGCGUGCCGCUCUCGGCUGGCGCUGGAGACGAAGGUUCCGAGGAAGCGGCUGAAACUGGAAGUGGCUCGGCUGUU